CUGUUAUUGAAAAAGAGAAUUUCCGAAUAUUGGAUGUUCGUUUUCGUAUUGUGGCGACAAUGAUCGAAGCAGACUUAACAACAGCAGUUAAAAAAAUUUUAAUCGACCCUAAUUUACGAUUACACAUUCCAGAAGAAAUAGAAAAAACUAUUCGAAAUCAAAAUAAUGAAAUAAAAUAUAACUUUAUAUUUUUGUUUCCUAAGCCAAUAAUCGAUAAAGAGUAUUGUAGUCCUUUGAUGAUUGCAAGUAAUUAUUAUCAACAUAAAUUAGUGGAAUCUCUUUUAGAAUAUUAUUCUGCUAAUGCUAAAAAUAACAUAAGCUGGAUGGAAACUGUUACUCAAGCUUUACCCGAAUUGAUCACAAAAUAUCCAGAGCUUGUGAAUGAACUAUUGAAGAAUAAAAUUUUCCACCAAAAUGAAAUUCCUCUGGAUAAAUCAUGGAAGGUUUAUCGACCAACCGAAAAUAGUUCAGUUCGUGCAUUUGUUUGCGAAUUUAAUCUUUUCGAUAGUUUUCGUCAAGAACAACUGGAACAAUUAGAAAAAGAAAAGCAAAAUCACAGUUCUAAGUAUCGAAAAACAAACAUGAAAUAUUAUCAAGUACCGCUUCCAAGAUUAAUUUUACUUGAACGAAAUCGCGGCAAUAGAAGCCCGUUUUUCUAUCUCGUAACAAAUGAUAAAACUGGUGAAAUUUUCGACAAUCCCUCGAUCGAAGCAAUUAUUAAUUUCCAAUGGCAUCUCUCUGCCAAACGCGUUAC